UUCACCUAUGAGAAACAGACCCCCAAGAGUCCACUAAAGUGAACUCGGUUAUCUUUUCUCUGCCGAGUAUUUGAUACCUACCGAAUCUAGGAUCGCCUAUAUUACUGAUCCAGUCUUGUUCCAGACCGGGAAGAACCCCAAGGAUUACGAUGGGGCAACUUCUUGCAUGGGUGUUACAUCCAAGCCAUUCAGCCAUUAGUUUUAUUUGUGUUUUUCUUUCUUUCUUUUCUUUUUCCAACUCUCCUCUCCUGACUAUGGGUCCACUAUGUGGGUUAUCAUUUCCUGGUCUUCAAGCCAUACCGGGGGGUGCACAUGGGCCCAGGCCCCCUGCAGAAGUUCGAAAGCCCUAAACUUCGUCCCGGACAUCGCCCGGACUCACCCUAAAGCAAGGGAAGAUAGGAAACCGUAGGAAGCUUGGUGGCUAACAAUCAAGGCGUUCAUGUUUUGUCAUUGGUUCUUGGUACCUUCGUAUUCUUCGGGUGUAGCGUCUGCGUAAAGCCUUAGCGAUGUGAUGAAGUCCUUUAGCUCCAUUGAUCUAUU